AUGGACAAGAAGUCCCAAGACAAGCCCACAGAAGGCUCCCCACCGACCUCAGCCAGCGAUGUGUUGCGGCCCCUGUCGCAGCACGCCGCCUUCCCGAACAGCGGGUCCGUCGCCACUAAGGCGCGCGAGCAGAGACACAGCCCCGGGCCGAGUGCCCACUCGAGCAACACGACGGGGACGGGGCCGCGCGCAAACUCGCCGAGUGUCUCGCAUCCCGUGAGCCAUGACACGGCAACGACGUCGGUGCAGAAGCGCAGCGAGUCGGUGCAGCAGAUGCAUGAGGUGGAUGCUGAUGGGGUGCGGACCUGGCGGCGGUUGAUUGUCGAGUACCGCUAG